CUUCCCAAAGAGAAGUGGCUUCCAUGUUCCACAGGCAGCUGUUUCCCAAUGGCUGCGAUGUUAGCAAACAACCAUCAAUAUAGCUAACAUUAUUAUGUCUGUAACGUCACAAUGAGCAAGAUAUUAAUGGAGCAUGGGUCUCUUCCCCUCUCCUCUCUCCGUCUUAUCGUGCCUCCCGUGCAGCUUGUCUCUGCAGCUCUGUGGGAGAUAGUGAAGCAGGGAGCUGUGAUGUACUAUGGUCUGCUGGAGGAGUUCAUUACCUCAGUGUUGGAAACAGUCCCUGAGCUGCUCACUUACUCAGAGAGAGUCCAGCUAGUCAUGGGCUUACGUGCAAGGGUGGUGCUAGAGUGUUGCCGCAGUGAUGAUUUUGCCAGCCCACAGGCCAUACAGCAUCAUCUGAGCAGAAUAAACACCUACAUCACAAAACAGGACAAGGAGACUUCCGGUGCUGAGGUAAAAGCAUCAAUGACAAACUUCCUGCAGCUUGUUCACACACUAGUGGAUGAUCAAUGCCAGAGGGAUAUCUUUUAUCAGAAAAUCUUCCCGACAGUGUUUGGCCCCAAAUAUGACUGUGCCCUGGAGGCUCUAAUGAGAAAAUUCCUCUUCAAUCUCCAGAGGCUGCUGCCUGUUCCAAACCUUGAACAAACUUCCCUCUGGCUCAGUCUGUCCCCUUCUGUCUUGAAAGAGUGUGUGGACUUCAUGAAUCAACCUGAGCCCCUGAAUAAACUUAUUCAGCAUCACAAACAUCAUGGGAACGAGGUUCCACAAGCUCUGUCUUCCUCUGGUGAUGACUGCAUCCUUUCCAGCCUGUCCUAUCAUCUACCAAAGCUCAACAACGAUGAAGGAGACAACGCUGUCAAAGCUGGGUCCAUGUGUAUCGGUGAGGACUGGCACAAAGAAAACUCACUUGGGGGUGAGUCUAAAAAGAAUAAAGACGAAAACUUUGAGGAAAUAAAUUCAGAAGUGGCAAGGAAUGUGGAAAGAAAUGGACAGCAGCAUGCUGAUGAUCUGACUGAAGACCAAGGAGCCUCUGUCGAAGUAAUACUGGAACCUUUUGAUGAAAGUGAAUCCAACGAUGAUGAUGACAUGGACAAAAACUGGUUUCACCAUUUAAAAAAUCACAAUAGGACAUCCUCAAAAACAUUCAAGUGUUUUGUUUGUGACCAGGAGUUUGGCUCCAUUAGCAAACUAAAAAGGCACAGGAUGACUCAGAGUGGUUGUUUGGGUCGGUCAGAUUCUGCUAGCCAAAGUAGAUUUUUUGAAAAGAUUCAUUUGCAUCCUACACCUAAGAUUAACGCCCGUAGAAGUGAGAAUGAGCUUCCAUCAAAUUCGAGUCCUCCAAACUCGUCUAAUGACGACUGCAGUCUUGUUUGUCGUGGUUGUGGCAAGGUUUUCACUUACCCAAAGAAUUUUGACAAACACCAGAGGAUGUGUGUGGUCAGUAGUAAACGACAGAUACAGACAAACCCACAGUGUUCCACAAGCUUAGCAAAUCACUCCAAAUCAAACCCUGUUGAUAAGACCAAAGAGGCUUUGCUUAGUGAAACCGAAACUGAUCCUUCAAAUGAUGCACCCCAGGAAUCAAUGUCCUCUGACUUGUGCAAAAGAAGCAGCCGUGUCAAAAAAUGCUCUGUGUGUGGGAAAAUAUUUACUCGCUCUGCUGACUUGACGAGGCACAUGAGAUGCCACAUUGAACAGAGCCCUUAUCUUUGUUCUUAUUGUGGUAAAAACUUUGACAACUAUGAGGACUGCGAGGCACACAAGGAAGGUCAGUGCCAGGUUUCAAACAAACACCCACAACAAAAGAAUGAGUUCACACAGGAGAAUUCUUCAAGCAACGCAAAGAAAAGGAGUCAGGAGAAUACUCUUGUUUCAGUCACAGAUGCACCUGCCAACGCGCAGGCUAUGCAGGCAAGUAAAUCACCUCUGACAUGUAAGGAAUGUGGCCAGGGUUUUUCCUAUUACAAGAGUUUUGAGAAGCACCAGAGCAAAUGUUCCAAAAGAAAUCGUCGAAGGAAAAAGCAAACAAACACUAACCAUUUUGUUAUCAGUGCGUGUAAUUUCCCAUCAGCUGACAAUACCAAAGAGAGCUGCAGUGAGACAAGUUCUGAAACAAAGGAAAGUGAAACUGAAGCACCUCCAAACUCUACAGACCGUGCAGAUGACUCCCUGACGAAGUCUUCCAGCAUCAAGUGCACCAUGUGUGAGAUGAAUUUUUCAGAAAUUGUCCUCCUGAAAAGACAUUAUUCCCAGUCACAUAAAAUCAGAGGCUCAUACCCUUGUCCAUUGUGUAAGAGAACUUUUGUGAGGUUAUGUGAAUUGGUUCGGCAUCAGCAGAACAAAAAGCUGUACCAGUGCGCUGCCUGUAAGAAAUGUUACACAAAGCCAGGACUACUGAAUGAUCAUGAAAAAGUUCAUACUUCAAGUGUAACGCCACGCAUUUGUGAAACAUGCGGGAAGAGCUUCAAAUCUCUGGCUUAUCUGAUUCUGCACCAGAGCAAGCAUAGAGAACAACAGCCCAGUGUUUGUUCCUACUGUGGUAAACAGUUCAGUACAAAAGACUGCCUGAGAGCGCAUAUGGUGAGACACACAGGUGGUUACCCGUGCCCAGUGUGCGGAAAGAAAUUCUAUCAGAAAACAUACCUUAAAUGGCAUCUGUAUAAACACACAGGGCAAGAGCCGUACCUGUGCGACACGUGUGGAAAAGGCUGGCCGAGUGCGGCUCAGCUCAAGCUUCACAUGGUUCAGCAUACGGAGGAGAGGCCGUUCAAGUGUGAAGACUGUGGCAUGUGUUACAAGAGGGGGUCGCAUUUGAUGGCUCACCGUAGAGACAAGCACAUCAGGCUGCGGCCUUUUGUGUGUGAGGUUUGCAGCAAAGCCUUCAGAUUAAACAACGAGCUGAAAAGACACAUGAUGGUUCACACAGGGGAACGGCCAUUCACUUGUCCGAAAUGUGGCAAAACAUUUACAAGGAAAACUCGGCUUAGGGAGCACAUAGAGAAGACAUGUCUGUAACUCCAAGCUCUUUGUAUACGGUAUUAAAACUGUUCAUAGUUCCACUACAUACCGAUACAUUCUGUCACCAACAAUGUCUCACUGCUGUCAAGUACCAUGACUUUUAUAAUGUAGCUACAGAUUCGUAAAUAAACCAUUUUGCCUGAUA